AUGGUGGAGAUUCGUGAUGAAGAACUAAGCUCGGAGAGCGAAAUGGAGGUGGAAGAAGAAGAAGAAGAGGAGGUGAGCUACAAUGAACUCAAGAAGCGCAUGUGGAAAGACCGUAUGCGAAUGCAAAAGCUCAAAGCCGCCAAUAAGCGCCGGAAAGACUCCGGCGGCGAAGACGACAGCGUCCUCAUCGAAGCCUCCUCCUCCGCCUCGUCGGCGGCGGACGCAGCGGCCAAGCAAGAGCAGUCUCGCCGGAAGAAAAUGUCGCGGUCUCAAGACUCGAUUCUCAAGUACAUGGUGAAGAUCAUGGAGGUAUGCAAAGCGCAAGGGUUCGUUUACGGGAUCGUGCCGGCGAAGGGGAAACCGGUCACCGGCUCCUCCGAUAGCCUCCGAGAAUGGUGGAAGGAAAAAGUUAAGUUCGAGCGGAAUGCUCCGGCGGCGAUAGCCGAGUUUCUACCCAAAUUAGUCUCGUCGGCGGCAGCGGCGGAGAAUCUCCACGAUCCAUCUUCAAGCCUCGUAUACCUCCUCCAAGAUUUCCAAGACACCACGUUGGGGUCAAUGCUGUCGGCCUUAAUGCAACACUGCGCGCCGCCGCAGCGGCGUUUUCCUCUAGAAAAGGGGCUGGCGCCGCCGUGGUGGCCGUCAGGAAAGGAGCUGUGGUGGGGCCACCAAGGGUUAGCCCAAGAACAAGGCCCGCCGCCUUACAGGAAGCCUCACGAUUUGAAGAAAGCGUGGAAGAUAAGUGUUUUGGCGGCGAUCAUCAAACACAUGUCACACGAUACCGACAGGAUGAGAAGACUGGUGAAACAAUCUAGGAUUUUGCAAAACAAGAUGACCGCCAAAGAGACAGCAACUUGGGUCAAAGUCGUUGACCAAGAAGAAGCCCUCGUUAACCUCACCCAUAAAGCACUCAACAUUUCCCCACCCGAUAAACAAAAAUCCAUAUCCCAAACUUCCAAAUUAAGAACCAGAGAGAAGAGAAAGAGAGGAUUAAUGGUUGAAGACGAAGAAGAUCUUUCUGGGUUGGCGAAUAGCGAUGCCUUAUUAGCAAUGGUUCCACAUAAUGCAGAGAGGAUUAUUAAUUCUGGGCAUGGAGAUGGAGAUAUAAGCCAGCAACUGCCUGAGUGGAUGACUGAGGAGAUCCAAAGAAGCUUCCAAAGCUACCAUGCACAAACAAGUAAUGGAGGAUUGGGUAACUAUUAUGGGAACUAUUGGAAUAAUGAAUCAGCUGUGAUCGAACAUCAGUUUAUGUAUGACGACCCACAAGUCUCUGGAGACCAAACCUCAACUCAUCAUGAACCAACAUCUAUCUGGGAUUUGACAUAUAUACCAUGA